GAUGUUGCAGAGUCGCUCGGGAUCACCACCCUCCCUGACUCUAUCGCGUCUAUGCUCGCGAGCGAUGUCGAAUAUAGGCUACACCAGGUCAUCGAGGAAGCUGCCCGCUUCAUGCGCCAUGGACGGCGGACGACGCUCACAACGGCCGACAUCGACAAUGCUCUGCGUGUACUCAACAUCGAGCCCCUCUACGGCCACUCGCCGCACGCGCCGCUGGCCUUUCGCCGUGCACCGCCCGUCUACCUCCCGUCCCAGCCCGGCGCCGCCAACCACCACCAUGCGCCCUCGCAAGCCCAAUCCACCUCCGUCUACUUCGUCGAAGACGAGGAGAUCGACUUCGACAACCUCGGCCGCGGCCUUCGCGAGGAGAAGAUCCAGCUCCCCAAGCCCGUCAGCUGGACCGCGCACUGGCUCGCCGUCGAGGGCGUCCAGCCAGCGAUCCCCGAAAACCCGCCGCCGGUGCCCAUACCUCGCGACGCCGCCACCGAGAACGCGACGGACACGAAGCAGCCCGGGCUCCCCUCCGCCGUCGGCCCGCAACCGCAGCUCGUCAAGCAGGUCCUCUCGCGCGAGCUGCAGCUGUACUACACGCGGCUCACGUCCGCGCUCCUCCCGCCGCUCCAAGGCGAGGCGGAGGCCGCCAAGCGCGCCGCAGCGCUCGCCAGCCUCCGGCACGACGCGGGCCUCCAGGCGCUCCUGCCCUACCUCGUACGCUGGGUCGGUGAGGGCGUCGUUGCCGCGCUCAAGGACGGCGCACAAAAUGUGCUCGACGGGCGCGUGCUCGAGGUCCUGCUCGAUGUCAUUGGCGCACUGCUCGACAACCAGACGCUGUUCGUCGAACCCUAUCUCCAUCAACUCCUCCCGCCGAUCCUCUCCAUCCUCCUGCACUCCAGCCUCCCUCCUGCGCUCGCGAAGCACCUCCGAACCUCCGCCGCCUCUACGCUCUCCCACCUCCUCACGCAGCACUCUACCACCUACCCCUCCCUCUCGCCGCGGAUCAUGAAGACGCUUCUCCUCGCGCUCGUCUCGCCGGACAAGGGUGCUGGCACACGCGAGGGUGCGAUCCGGGGACUCGUCGGCGUCGGCAAGGAGGCCGUGCGCAAGGGCUUGGUUGAGGGCGGCGGCGUGCGCGUCGUCGGCGCGGAAUGCGCGACGAGUAUGGAGGGCUACGAAGCACCAAUGGCGGAGGCCGUCAUGGAUGCGCUCAGAGUCCUAUCUCCACCUUCGGAGAAUCCGGUGCCGGUGGACCCCACUGACGAACCCUUCGUCGCGCGGAUACGAGAAGUCUUCGGCGAGUUCUUCGGCGACAGGUUAAUGCAAGACGGGGCGUGGGCGCGUUCGUUGCUCGAGGGCGGCGAAGUGCUUGCUACUUGACGGAUUGCAUUGUUUUCCUUCUUCCGUUCCGCACACGGACGCAAUUUGGCCUCGUGAGUCUUCGGGGCUCCUCAAAAUCGCGGAUUGCACCACCUCAUGGCCAGAUCCGCAUCUCACAUUCAUGCCAUACCACUGCGCUGCCCGUUUGUGGGUGCGGCACACGAGCUGGUAGAACACUUGCAUGAAAUACUUGGGACGUCGAAGAUGCUGCAGGGUACCGAGUGGUCGUGCGAUAGGCGAGGAAACGUUUUGUACAAUUAUCACAAUUGCUAUACAUUGGGAAUACGAGC